AUGCCAAAAGCUAGCCCUUUAAUUUCGCUAUUAUGCCUGAUAGUUUUUGCAACGAGCCAUGCCAAAGCAAAUAUAGUAGAAAAUAACUAUGCCAUAUCUAUAUACGACAUGGGAAAGUUAAUUUCCCAUGAGCAUUACCUACUGAAUAUAUUGCAGAACUUUACGGACCUACUGCAAGAAAAAGUGGAUACAAUUGAAAACUACUUGGAAAUGAUGAACUAUGAAGAAGAUGUGAAGCCUCCGAACAAUGCCGUUGAAUAUUUUCGGCUUAUACGUCGAUUGCACUUGGACUAUUUCAAUUGGGUGUGGUUUUUGGAGCAGCAGCCUUGGGAGGUUCUUGUUGCGCAUAUAAUUGCAAUUGCUCCGCACAUGCCCUCAGUGAAGGACAUCCGGGAGGCUACCAGGGCAAUACGUCUCAUCCAGAUUGUGUAUUCGCUACCGACUGAUAAAAUGGUCGCGGGAAUUUUAAUGGACGUUCAUUACAAUGCUUCGCUCAACCCAAUGGAGUGUUAUACCAUUGCCAAUGAAUUGUUUAAGGAUAGGGAAUAUGAAGCUGCCAUGGAGUGGUUAAGCUCGGGUGUGGAUAUGUACAAUGCGGACACGGACAAAGAGGAACUUUAUACACAACUGGGAGUACCCUUGUCCAAUUUCUACGAACUCUUUGUAAAGAUACAAGAUGCACAAGGUAAGAGAGGUUAUGCGUUGACUGAGCUGAAAACGGCCAUGAAGACUUGGCCAGAACAGGUCAGUUUCAGACGGGCUCAUUCUCGCCUAAAGAUGAACAUUCGCAUCGACAAGGAGCCAAAUACAAAGAAAGCAAGACCAGAGUAUGUGUAUGCGCACUGUUGCAGUCACGAGUGCCGUCCAACUUCAAAAUUGUUUUGCCUGUACAACAGCACCACAUCGUCGUUCCUCCGAUUGGCCCCACUCAAAAUGGAACUACUGUCCCUCGAUCCUUAUGUGGUGCUCUACCAUGAUGUGGUUACCGAAGAGGACGUCGAAAGGAUUAAGAUCCUGGCACAGGACGAUCUCACCCGAGCCACGACCGUUCAUGAAGAUCAAGUUCUGAGGGAAGACCCAUACCGCACCACCAAGGCCAAAUGGCUAGACGACACGGAUGAAGUGAUGCAGAGGGUGUCCAGACUGAUACAAGAUAUGACCAAUUUCGACCUUAAUGGGUCUGAUAUGUUCCAGGUUAUGAACUACGGAAUAGGCGGAUUCUACGGCAACCAUUAUGACUUCUUAAGAAACUCGAAAAGCCCAAAGAACUUUGUGGAUCGCAUAGCAACCACCAUGUUUUAUCUGAGCGACGUGCCUCUGGGAGGAGCCACAGCAUUUCCAGUACUGAAAUUGUCAGUUUUUCCAAAAAAGGGCUCAGCACUUAUGUGGUACAAUCUUCACCACUCAGGUGAAGGCGAUAAAAGGACAUUCCACUCAGCUUGUCCCACCAUUGUUGGCUCCAGAUGGGUCAUGACCAGGUGGAUAGGAGAAAUUCAGCAACUGUUUAGGAGACCAUGCUUAACGCACAUUUAGAGAAAUAAUUUUGAAUAAAAACAAAUUCAUAUAUUCACG